ACGGUCGGGACCUGGGUAACAACAUAUACAAAAUGGCGGACGAGGCAAGGGAGGUAUUGACUUCGACAGAAUUUGAUAAGAUUUCUGUUGCUCUGGACUCGAUUCUUUCCCAUGGAGGGCUAGAAGCUUAUCCAUUCAAGAUUGGAUGGUAUAACAACCAAGUAACUCACAAGCAAUUUCAGUUUCCAUUCGACCCUGACACUCUAGCCUUUGUUAUAAUCAGUACUCCAGAAAUGUUUGAGAAAGGCUUCAAACCCUUUAUCACUGAUGCUGACUGUCUGGGUAGUCGUGACCCAAUAGAUGAGUGUAUGACAGCAUUCUUCCUCAAAGUAAAGCAAGCCUUUCCAUGUCAUGAGAUUGACGCUAUUCAUGACUUUGAGCUACAUCCAAACAGAAGACCAAAAGUUUUAGUGCAAACUGCUGCACAUGCUGCUGGUGCUGCCUACUUUUACCAGCGCAAGGAUAUCACCGAUGAUCCAUGGCCCCCUACCCAGCGCAUAUGUGGUGUGUGCGUCCAUCCGAAGUAUGGAGGUUGGUUCGCCAUCAGAGGAGUUUUGAUAUUCAAGACUUUUAAGUAUCCAGAUUUGCCCAGGAAGCCGCCAAUGGAUGUUGUAGUUGGAGAUGAGAAGAGGAUUGAGUUGCUAGAAAAGUUUAAUUUUCACUGGGAAGACUGGAGUUUUCGGGAUGUUGUCCCAUCUGAAAGGAAGUACUCAGAUCAACAGAUAAAAUAUUUCAGCACUUUACCAGUUAAUCGAAAGGAUCUUUUAGAUAGCAUAUUAAAAGAAUAAGGUGACAAAAAUUUAAUGAUGACAUAGGCAAAGCAUAAUGGAAGAAAUAAGGGGAAGAAAAAAUGCAGAAAAUAUAUGUGUAAAUAAUAUUUGCAUGGGGAUUCAAACCAAUCAACCACAAAUAUGUCAAACCACUUAUAAAGUUCCCUCUCCGAUCCCGUGAAAAUAAACCCUUUCUUACAUA